AUGGCUACAUUCCGCGUGGAUAUAUUUGAAUGUGUCACUUCAGAAAAAGAAGAAAAAGAAAAAAUUGUUAUUUUUGCACAUAGAAUAGCAUUUUUAGCGGCGAAUGGUUUUCGAUUGUAUAGAGCAUUUGCAGAUGCUUAUUAUCCCCCUCAAAGAAGAACUCACUGUGCUAAAAGUAAAAAUAGCAGUAAAAGUAGUGAACACAGUAUUUCACCUUCAACAUUACCACAAAAAUCAAAUACUCAUCAUACGAUUAUUUCAUCAUCUAGUAAUAUUCCAUCACCAUCGUCGGGUCACAUAUUUAGCCCCAUUUCACAUCAUACAAAUAAUAGUUUUACGUCACAAAAUACGAACGGAAAAAGUAGGCAAAAAUGGUUAGAUGAAAUGGUACAACAACGUAGAUUGAAAUUUAUUCCAUAUGAAGAAUUUGAGGAUGAACGAAUAGAGGAAAAGAGUGAAUCUGGAAUUACUAGUUUCAUUAAAACAGUUCAAUGGAAGAAAAUGAGAAAACGUGUAGUAGUUAAAGAAUUAGAAUAUGUGGAAGAUUUAUCAGAGGAGACAAGAGAAGCUUUUGUUAAUGAGCACUCACGAAAUAUCUUAUUUCAACAAUCAUAUCCGAAACUUAGUGAUUUUGGUAUCUGCAGUCAUGUGUUUUACUCAUCAGUUAUAUAUGCACACACUGAACCACGUUUCAUACCUUAUACUGAUCCCCAAUAUUUACGUGAACCAAAUAUUUAUACAAAAAAUACAAAAUCUGAUAUCUAUAGUUUAGGUGUAAUAUUAUGGGAAAUAUCCAGUGGAAGAAUACCUUUUAGUUCUUAUAGCAAUCGUAAUAAUUACAAUGAUAAUGAUAGAAUGGGAAUACAAAUGAUUGGUGGAGGAAUUGGAGAGAAAAUAAGUUUAGAGCGUGAACGAUCAAGUGAACGAAGUAAUAAAAGUUAUACUGGAAAAGAUAAAAGAAGUAUAAGCAGUGAUAAUACAAGUAAUACACUUGAACGUAGUGAAGAAUUAAUUAAUAGAAUAUUAAAAGGUGUAAGAGAACAAGCGGUAAAGGAUACGCCAAAUGGAUAUUAUGGAAUAUAUAAUAAAUGUUGGCAAACUGAACCUAAUAUAAGACCAACAAUUGAAGUUGUCAUUAAAGAAUUAAAUAUUUUAUUAGAAAAUAAUGGGAAAUUAAUGAAGAAAAUGAGUCGAGGUGGUGAAUGGGGAAUAAGAUUUGGAGAAUUUGAUAAAGGGAAAAUAAUAGAAAUUGUAGAGACAACAGGAAAUAGUUUGGAUUCAGAUGACAACAUAUUACAAGAAAUACUUAAUGAAGAGAAUGAAGUGAUUAAUGAAGAGGGUGAUGUGAUUAAUGAAGAGGAUGAAGUAAUUAAUGAAGAUAAUAAACCAAAAUUAAAUGCAAAAAACAAACCAUUAGAAUCAAUGAAUUCACGAAAGGAUAAUGAAUCAAUGAGUGAAAGUAGCGAAGAAGGCGAUAAUGAAUUAGAUGAUGAAAAUUUACCUUCAGGUUGGACUCUUAUAAAUUCAGUUGAUUACGAUGAUUUCGAUAAUUACGAUGAUUUACCCAUGAAUGGGACGAAUACGUUUGAUAAUGUUAACGUCAUACAUCCGGUUAUUAGAGACGAUGAUUCAAUUAAAGAUCAAACAAAUAAAUAUGUUUACGGUAAUAGAUGUAAAAUGUUAUUUAAUAAUAAUCGAUGGACUUUGCAAUCACAAAAAUGUUUCGCAGCUUAUCACGCAAGAGUUGGUGAUUUCGAAGGAAUUAGAUGGCAUGUUAAAAAUGAUGGUAAAGAGAUCUUAGAUAAUGUCCAGGAAAUAUCUGGACCUAGAAAUAGUUAUCGAAGACCUCUGGAAGCUUUAGUAAUAGAAGCGACAAUGUACUGUCCAGCUCAUAUCCUUCUUCCAACUUAUACCUACCUUCUUAAUCUUGGAGCAAAUAUUCAUUCAAUUGACUCUUAUACUUCUGGAACUUGUAUUAAUUUUCUCGCUUGUAAUACUUCCCUUCUCUCUGAUUUAAUUCCUCGUUCAUCUUCAUCCAAUGGUUAUUACUUUAAACAAUGUUUAAAAUUUUUACUCGCAAAAGGUUUAGACAUAAAUUCACAAACAAUCACUGGAGAUACUUUACUCAAUUCUUUAAUAUUUAAAUGGCAUCCUUAUCUUACUCCAGAUAUAAUAGAAUUUGUAAUUCAAAAUGGAGCUAACCCAAAUUUAGCUAAUAAUCGAAUUGGGACACCACUUGGUUAUACAUUACUUGCUACUAGAUUUGAUGAUAAUAGUGGUCCAUUUAAAAAGGUUUAUAAAAUAUUAAAAAUUUUAAUUGAAAAUGGUGGAAAUAUUAAUCAAGAAACAGUUAUACCUGGUCGAAAAUUGAAAAAUUUAUUAUGGAUAUUAGUAGAUAUAAAUAUAAAUUUGAAAAUUGAUGAACAAAAGAAAAUUUUGGAAUUACUUUUGAAAUGGGGAAUAGAUGUAGGAAAAUUAAAUGAAAGAGAACAAGAGAGUGGUAUUUUUGGUAAUGAAUUAUUUAAUGAAAAUAAGGAAAAUAAUGAAGAAAAUAAUGAUAUUGUAGAAAUGAUAACGGAUGACGAAAAAUAUAUUGAUGACAAUGAAUUAUUAUUAUAUGAUGAUCCUAUCGAAACAACCUCUUCCGAUGAAUUUGUUACUGGAUCCGGAGUUGGUGGAUUUGGUAGAAUUGAAGAUGAAAAUAUUCUUGAAAUAAAAUCACAACACGCAAGAACGGAUAGUAAUAUAUCACGACUUGCAAGAACUGAUAGUAGUAGUAGUACUAAUUUUAAAAGUUCAUCAAAUUCUUCAAAACCUACCACAAUGACUACAAUGAAUACAAGAAAAUCUCCAACAUCAUUGAAAUUCAUUACACCUGAUACACAAAAUUCUACUCCUAAAUAUAUUUCAACAAAAGAUAAUUCCAAAUCAUAUUCUAAACCAAGAUCCACAACUCUAAAAUUUCCAUCAUCACCAGUAAAACAAACGUCAAAGUUAACUGCUCAAGAUAUACCUUUAUCAAUAUUAAAACCGUAUUUAAGAACUUCAUCACAGUCAACUAUUUCUCCAACGUCACCAACAUCAGAUUAUACUUCAUCAAAUUUUUUAAUUGAACAAAAUAUUCAGAAUAUUCCAGAAAUUAAAACAUCAUUUAUUCCUAACAAACCUUUAAAUGUUUUAGUUUACGCAGUUCAAUUAAAUAGAUAUGAUAUGGUGAAAAUAUUAUUGGAAAGAAUUUAUGAAUUGAGUGAACGAGAGAGUAUAUUAGCUGCAUUAAAAGAAUGUGGUGUUACAAAUCAAGAAAAAAUUACAGGAAGUGAGAGAAUAAACAUUAUCCCAGGUUUCUUAAGAAGAAGAGGAUCUCAUAAUGGUUAUAGUGGACAUAGUGAAAUUAAAAAUUAUUUAUUAACUUGGAUUGACAAUAACGAAAAAAGGAAAAGGGUAUUAUUAAGAUCUGAAAAGGCUCAAUUAAAAUGGAAAAGAAAGAACGAAAAUGAACAUCAAUGGGAACAUCAAUGGCAACAACAAUUAUCUAAAGGAAAAAUUACGGAUCAUGAAGAACAAAGAAAAAGUUUAGAUGAUGAAAGACAACCGGAAAUAAAAGUUGAUAUCAAAGGAAAAUCAAAAAGUGUCAUAAAUUAA